UUGUCCCCAUUAAUUCAGGGAAUUCUGGGAAUUGACGAACCGACGCAGGCGCGGAUCCAAGCUUUCGCUCGACGUGCCGCUAGCUAGUUUCGUGGCUGCAAACAAGAUAGCUUUUCUCGACCAAAUUCAACUUUGUCAAAAAUGUCGUUUUGUUUUAAUUUCGACGUGAAUGCAGCUACAAAUCCGGACGACGUGGAAGGGAAUGCACCGUUGAACGACAAGAUUGGCAUUGUUUCCAAACCCGCGAAUGACACUGGCAACUCAGCAGUAGCAGUAAAAGAGGCCAAAGAGCACUUUCCACCUUCUAAUCCUCUGCACCUCCUCGAUGACGCCAUCUGUGAAACCCUCAACAUCGGCACUCUUCCUCCCCUGCACUUCCUCAAUGAGACUGUUUUCGAGAAGACAGUCCGCGAGAGGGAGGACGCAGAGAACGUUCUGUCCCGCACGGCCGAGCAGAGGUCUGACCUAAUCUCGGGAGUCUACGAGGGCGGGCUGAAGGUGUGGGAGUGCACAUACGACCUCCUAGAGGUAAUCGAGAGGGAAGGCGAGACGUUCGGUGGCAAGGCCGUCUUGGAUCUCGGCUGUGGCGCCGGGCUCUUGGGGAUUUUGUCCUUGAAAGGAGGAGCCAGGAAAGUCCAUUUCCAAGACUACAACAGUACAGUGAUUGAGCAGCUCACUGUGUCUAAUGUUCUUCUCAAUUGCCAAGAUGAUGACAGUGAUAAUGACGACGACGGAAAAAGAAAGGGUAAAGGAACAUCUGACAAGGAAGAAGAUUGUGAAGUAAACCCAAAAUAUGCCAGAAGGGAUGCGUUACUGCCAAGGUGCCAGUUCUUCUCUGGCGACUGGCGCACUUUUCUUACUUUGGCCUCGAGUCAGGCCGCUCCAUUGAAAUACGACAUUAUCAUGACUUCAGAGACGAUUUACAACACGGCUUAUUAUCCCGCGCUACAUGACACCCUCCACAAACUUUUGGCACCGCACGGACAUGUCUACGUGGCCACCAAGGCCCACUACUUUGGCGUGGGUGGCGGUCUGCACCUGUUUGAGGCUUUUGUGGCACAGAGGGGGGUUUUCACAGUCAAUCACCUGUGGGAGAGCAAAGAUGGACUUCAGAGACAUGUUGUUGUCCUGCGUUUUAAAAAAACAUAGCACUAGCUCAAGGGUUAAUAAACUACUUCACCGUAAAAGAAAUACGAAUUACUAUUGUUCACAAGUUUAUAGAUCAGGAGUGAUUAGAAAUUGUGACUGAUGGAAUGUUGCAGAAAUGACCAUCUGAAAUGUACCGUAUUUUCCGCACUACAAGGCGCACCUUAAAGCCUUUAAUUUUCUCAAAAGCGGACGGAUCAAUAUUGAGUCUGUAUUGCAACUCCAUCUAAUGGAUGCAUAACGUAACCCCAGCCUCUACUGUAGCGUCUAUUCUAUGCGGCUUAUAUAUGGAAAAACGUCUUUAAAUAGGCCAUUCAUUGAAGGUGCGCCUUAUAAUGCGGUGCGGAAAAUAUGGUAAUCAGUUUCAGAUAUUUAUAAGAGUAGUUAAUCCAUCCAUUUUCUUUUGCUGCUUAUCCUCACGGGGGUCGCGGGGAGUGCUGGGAGCCUAUCCCAGCUGUCAACGGGCAGGAGGCGGGCUACACCCUGAAUUGGUUGCCAGCCAAUCGCAGGCCAAUUUUAGAGUGUCCAAUUAAUGCAUGUUUUUGGGAUGUGGGAGGAAACCGGAGUGCCCAGAGAAAACCCACCCAGGCACGGAGGAGAACAUGCAAACUCCAAACAUGGGAUUGAACUUAGGUCCUCAGAACUGUGAGGCCAACGCUUUACCAGCUGCUCCACCGUGCUGCCUAUUUACAAGAGUAGUGUUCAAUGUUAUUUACUGUAUCUUAUUCCCACUUUGUUAAAUCAUUAACAAUCGGUGUCUUUGCAAAUACGGCUAUCCUUAUGAAUGAUUCAAGAAAAUUAGUCGGUACAGAACUGUAUAUAAAAAAAUUGGUCGCCGUUAGCAAUAAUCAGCACCCAUGAAGUUGCUUUCAGUUUCGAGAAGGUUGGUUACCCAUUGUCUUGGCAUCAUCAAUGUAGUUAAAAAAAAAAAAAAGAGAGAAAAGUAAUGAUUUUCAUCCAGUAAUAAGGACUUUUUGUAAGUGACCCUCCAAUUUUCGAAACUGUGUGGCUAUAAAUACAAUCGUGUGUUUGAAUGAACAACAUGAAAUUGUCUGGCUGACCCCAAAUUUUCGGACGGCGGAGUAUGCCGCAAAUGACUAUCUUUAAUGUGGCACUUACUUGACAGUAAGUUGUGCAAGUAAUCAUGACCAUGUGAGGAGCUGUGACCUUCCACGACUGACGAUAGUGAUAUGGAUCAUCUUGAAGUUUCAAACCCACAAUGAGCCUCACCUAUACCUGUCAUACGUCUAAUUUUAAAUAAGUAAAUCCAGCAAAAAUAGUGGCAAGUGCAUGACAUCUGUUAUGAAUUUUACAUAUAUUUUUGAAAGGAUGAAAAUUAAUGGACUGACAAGUAUGCUGUGUGUGUUGAUAAGCAAAUUGUGUCUCAUCCCUGAGUCAACAUGGUUACUUUUUUUUUUUUAUCAUACUUCCUCCCU